AUGUUUCCCAUGUGGAUCUUCAUUCUCUCUGCUGCUCCGACCGCACUUCCUGCCAGCUCCAUCUUCUGCAGCGACCCGGGGGCCCGAGGCCAGAAGGCGGUGGACAUGAGCGAGUGUCUGGGCCUGCGCUUCACCUGGCUCCACUCGCUGCUCCACGACGUCCCGUCGCUGCUGACCUUCGCCCUGAAGCUCCGCUGUGCGGCGCGUCUCUGCCCUCGAGACCUGGAGGACUACGGCUGCUCCUGCAGAUACGUGGACCCCGGAGAGCCUGUGGAUCCUCUGGACAUGUGCUGUGAGGCUCACAGGAAGUGCUACCAGGGCGCCGCCCCCUGCAGGCGGGCGCCGCCCCCGCUCCCCGACAACUUCACCUGUCCAGCUGCAGACAGCAGCUGUGGAGCCCGUGAUGCGUGUCAGCGGCGUCUCUGUGGAUGUGACCUCGCCGCCAUCGACUGCAUGACUCACAGCUCGUACAACCGCAGCCUGAGGGGCCUCGACGGGGCGGCGUGCUCCGCCUCCUCCGGUAACUCCCCGCCGCCGCAGGACACCCGUGACCACGGGGUCCCCUCUCCUCGCACGUCGGAGGCGAGCGGAGAGCCGGUGACAUCACGCGAUGACAUCACGGCGUCCACCUUCCAGAGGCCGGCUGGUGGGGAGGAGGAAGACUGGGACGGGGGACGGAGGAGGACGGUGCCGUUCUGGGCGUGGUCCCUGCUGGCCUCCGUUGGUUUGACCGACGUGCAGCCGGACACAAGAGGCCUCUUCAACCUGACUUCCUCCGCAGAGUGCAGCCCCUCCUUCACGCUGCGGGGGGGGGACGGGCGGCCGCGGCGGGAGCUGCCGGCCCUCGGGGAGAUGCUGCGCUGCCUGACGGGUCGAUGCCCCGACGAGUACGAGAUGUACGGCUGCUACUGCGGGCAGGAGGGGGGGGGGCGACCCCAGGACCAGCUGGACAGGUGCUGCUUCUCCCACCGGUGCUGCCUGCAGCAGAUCGGCCUCAUGGGAUGCCGCUCGGGGAGGAGGCUCCAGGCGCGGAUCUCCUGCGAGGAGCACAGGCCCCGAUGUCAGGGCGUCGCUGUGUGCGACAGGCUGCAGUGUGUGUGUGACAGAGCCACAGCCGAGUGCAUGGCGGGGGCCCGGUUCAACCACAGCCUGCCCACCCAGCAGUGCCGCGGCCCCGCCCCCCCCUGCCGCCCCCCCAAGCACCGGCCUCCCCCGCGGUCCAGCGAGGAGAGCGAGGAGGCGCAGGAGGCCGAUGACACCAACGCACCUCCCCCCCGAGUCCUGAACAGCGAUGAAAGCUCUGACCUGGAGGACGGAGGGAGGUCAAAGAGUCCUCCAGCUGGAUCUGCUCCUCCUCCUCCUCCUCCUCCCAGCGAUGAGGGCAAAGAUCGGCCGACGCACAGCGGGCCAGGAUUCACCUCACAAUUUAAAGUGGGACCAGUGCAGACCCCCAGUGGACCAGACCCCCAGUGGACCAGACCCCCACUGGACCAGACCCCCAGUGGACCAGACCCCCAGUGGACCAGACCCCCAGUGGACCAGUAG